AUGGUCCCAAUAACUUUGCCCAACCUGCUAGUGAGGAUUUUUGAAAUGAUUUUUGAAAUUACAGUACAGCACGCAAUGGGUCUCAUGUCCUUUAUUGUAGUUGCUUCAGGUGACUUAGGAAUUAGUGUAACCAAAGAACAAUUGACUGCUUUGAACAUGUUUCCUGUGUUAAAAAACUCCAGAACAACAUCAGUGACACCCCUUCCAACUAGAGACCAAACUGACUUGAAAAAGAAGGAAUUAUAUCCGUCUAUCCCCGGGGCUUUCGUAUUCCCAAUGCUUGUUAGCGCCUCCAAAAUAUCUUUCUCUGUAACAGGGCAAAUAAGAGAGAGAGCAUGCUCAUUAGAUAAUGUUUUACCAUUUCUCACGACCUCUAUAUCAAUCUCUUUCAACUCAGUGGCAUUGGAUCCUACUAGUUUCGUAUAA